AACCAACGAUGUAACGUAAGGGAGGAAAAAUCCUACAGUCUGACCAAUAAGGCGGAUAUUGCAGUUUUACUUUUUGCACAUGACCGAUGUCGUCAUUGGGAAACCACUAUCGCACUACUUCAUACCCCAUCCCUGACAGAAAAUGGACAUGCAGAGGCUGGCACUCCGGAUUGAUGCGGCAACAUCAACAUUAAAGCAACUUGAUGGAGAAAACUAGAGGAGUCCCUUUAAGAUGACACGUACAGACCCUCCUGACAUACUGGUAUCAACUGUGCAUCAAGAUAUUAAAGUAAUCCCCAUUUAUUCACUCUACAAAUCCUUGCAACCCUCCAAACAAUGUGAUGUAACAAAUUACUGCAAACUGGAGGACAGUAAAAACAAGGUCAAUAAGAGGCACUGCUGUACCUUUGACUAUAAGUCAUUGGAGUACCCCAAAUCACAUAAAUACUCAAUGGAGUCCCCAUAUAAGAAGGCUGAUAGGCAUGCAGCUAAUCCAGAUGCUGCCUGGAAUGCCUUGGGCCACCAGCAGAAAUACCGCUUUUCUGCUCCGGACAUUUUUAGCCAUAGGUUAACUCCUCAACCAAUGGCUGCAGAUAUGGCCAGUGAAGUAGUUAUCCCUGAACAAAAAAGAAGGACCAGGUCAAAAAGUGCCCCUCGUGUACAGACCAGUCUCACCCCUGUUUCUUUUGAAGGUUCCUUAUCUACAGGGAGGAAAGGCAGGGAGUCACAAAGGGUUCCAAGAGACUCUCGCUGGAGGCCAGAAGUAUCACCGCGAAAGGAGUCCUCCCAUGCAGCAACUAGGGCUCAUAUGCAUGAAGUCCAUCCUAUUAAGUUGCAGCCUCAAAUGAGUGACACCAGUAGAUACUCACCUCAUUAUGCUGCUGAUAAUUCUGAGGAUGGAGGGCUGGAUAAACCAGCGACUAGCCCUCAUGUCAGAUGUCGGGUAGACAUCAAACCAGAUGAUGCUGCAGUACGACAUUCAGGGCCGAAAAAGACUACACCUCAAAUGGACAUACCCUGGCAGAGGCACCACAGUGGGGGAAGUAGGAGUCUAACUGUGCCCCGCCAUUUUUCUUACUCAAGAACGCCAACCCCUACUGAUUCGUUAGGUACAGAUGGUAGGCAAGGUUACCAAUAUUCCCGCAGCAUGCCAAACAGUUAUUUACAACCAAUGGAAAUUCCCUUGCAAAGAAUGCCUUCAUCAGGUGAUUACUAUGGUAGGGAACGCAGAGCUCAUUCCAAUCCGAAUGUGCCAACCAAGUUCUUUUAUGCAGAUGACCCUGGGAGAUAUGUUACCACUGCUCCUCCUCAGCCAAGUUCUUGUUUUCACGAUGAACAUUACACACCAGGACGAACAUAUACUCCAAAAGUGCAAUAUGUGCAAGAUCCAAGGACUAGAAUGGUACACGCUGUAGCUACAAGACCUUAUUAUCCUGAGAUGGAGCCCUACCCAUACUCUGUGCAGACAGGGUAUCUCAAACCCUAUGCAGCAAAUGAACCAGGGCCAUACAUUAUACAGACACCUCCAACGAGAAUAUUUUAUGGGGAUGAUCCAAGGUCUUAUCAAAUCCAGACUGCUCCACCAAGGUUUUAUUAUUCCAGCGACAUGUAUGCAAUGCCCCCAGAGCAUCAUAUCCCAGCAAGGGCAUAUUACACGGAGGGACGAAGACAUGCUAGAGUCAUUCCGGCACAAACAGAUGACUGGUAUGGCUCUGAUGCAUCUGGUUAUUCCACUAAUCCUGCCUCUUAUGUAUCUCAAGUCACUCCAACCAGAGUCCAUGAAGAGCCAGUGUUAACACCCUGGUAUGCCAACCCAUGCGUAGAAUCUCAAAGAAUUGGCACAGAUUCAAAAUCUUACUCAAGGUCCUGGGAUAAUAUUCUAAACUCCCGAGUAGAGAGGGAACAACCUCUUCCUGUACAGAGGGGUCAGAGCUAUGAUGAUCUUCUUGACUCCAGGAAGCCUGCAGCAGCCACAGGUGACAAACCACAACCCGUGGUAGUCAAUCUUUCCAGUUCACCAAGACGCUAUGCAGCCUUAUCAAUGUCUGAUAACUCACUAAUUGACAAAAGUCCAACAGAGACAUCAAAGAGCACAACUAGUAAACUCUGGUUUGUAACUCCUGAGAUAACAAUCACUGAUAAUGACCUUCGACCGGGGAAACUUAAUAAGGCUGAAGGACGGUCUGCCAGUUGGGACAUUCUUGACUCCAGAAGCACCGCGGGUCCAGAACUGUCUCAGCAUGACUUUGAAAGCUCAACCAAAGAGAAGACACACGACAAUGCCUCACUACAGCAAAGCCUUGAACAACUUGAUGAGCUUCUGGCAGAUCUUGUGACUGAUUACAAGCCACCCAGUAGAAGGGCAAGUGAAGAUAUUCUUGAUCAACUAAAGAAGUUAAUUGAUGAAGAAGAAGCAGUAUCUCUGUCCAGAAAGAGCUCAAAGGCAUGUGCAGAGGAAUCAGCUCCUCUUGACAAGCAGCCAACCUCAAUAAGAAUGAAUCCCGAUGCUUUUCGAGACAUGGAUGGGGCCAGUGAUGCAAUGAAGAGUGCAGAUGAGUGCUCCCCAGAUCAGAGCCCAGAUGAAGAUGAUACAAUGAUGUGCUCAAACAACAAAUGUCGGAGGACAGAAACCCUGUUCAAUGCUUGCUUAUAUUUUAAAUCCUGCCACAGCUGCUACACUUACUACUGCUCUCGUAACUGUCGAAGGGAGGACUGGGACAUUCAUAAAGAAAGUUGCCUGUAUGGAAAAAUUGGCAGCAUAUGUCGUCACAUCAUCAAACACUGCCGGGAGACUGUUGAAGUCCACAAAGCCUUCUCCCGUAUUGCCAAAGUUGGCUAUCUUUCUCGAGGUAGAGGAGUUCUGUUUCUUGGUUUUCCAAAUCCUGCAUCAUCUAGUAACUUCCUGCAGUAUGGCCUGGAUAGUCUACUGAUGUCUCCAACAUACCUGUCCCUUCGUGAGCUUGAAAGCUUCAAGGACAACCUAGGGGAUUACUGUAAGGAGCUGCAUGAAGCUGGUAAAGAGUACGACCCUAACGAAUGUUUCAUCUUGAAUGUAUCCAUCGCUGUUGGUGACCAAUUGCCUGAUGGGCCAUCACCAAGGAACCAAGCUCCAACUGUCAGAAAAUAUGCAAAGGUAGCACUGGCUUCCUUCAGCCCUGAGAGGAAGGUUCACAAGAAAGAGAGUGACAUGGAAACGCUGAUUCUCACUCCACCCCCUGGAACAGCAGAUAUUGACAAAGAGGGAGAGGAGGGCAGGAAGGCCAGGGAAAUCUGUUUCAUCAAUAUACAGCGGGAGUUAAGGAUUCGAGGGGUUUUCCUGAGGCAUGAAUACCCACAGGUAUAUCAGCAACUCUGUGAGUUUGUGGAGAGUAACAGAAGGUUUACACCCACAACUAUUUAUCCAAUUGAUAAGAGGACCGGGAAACAGUUUAUGUGCAUGAUUAUGGCUGCCUCUGAGCCCAGGACGUUGGACUGGGUAGGCACCCCUCAUCUCCUUGAUGACAUUAUUUAA